UUAUUUGGAAAUAAUGAAACCCCUGCAAGUCAAAAUAUAAAAGGUGAUAAAUUUGUUGGGAAAUAUUAUGUAGAGUUUGAAAAUCAAUUAAAAAGAGAAGCACAAAAUUUGAAAGAUAAUGAGCAAACUCCGAUAAUGAUUAAAGCACAAGAACUUUUACAAAAAUGGGAAGAAGGAGAUGAAGAAACAUUAGAAUUGUGGAGAAAAAUGAAUAAUUGGGUUUAUGAGGGCUUUAAUAAAACCUAUAAUAAAUUAGGUGUUGACUUUGAUGUCGUUCAAUAUGAAAGUAAUACAUAUUUAUUAGGAAAGGAAAUAAUAAAAAUAGGCUUAGAAAAAGGCGUUUUUUACAAAAAAGAUGAUGGGUCUAUUUGGUGCGAUUUAUCAGAUGUAGGGCUUGAUGAGAAAAUAGUGCAACGGGCAGAUGGCACUUCUGUUUAUAUAACACAAGAUUUAGGAACAGCUACAGAGAGAUUUAAAGAUUUUGAUUUAGAUAGAAUUAUUUAUACAGUCGGUAAUGAACAGGAUUAUCAUUUUAAAGUAUUAUUUGCAAUAUUAAAGAAAUUAGGUUUUUCGUGGUCAGACCAAUUAGAGCAUCUUUCUUAUGGAAUGGUUGACUUGCCAGAUGGUAAAAUGAAAUCUCGAGAAGGAACAGUUAUUGAUGCAGAUGAUAUAAUGCAAGAAAUGUAUUUAGAAGCAGAGAAAAAAUCUUUAGAACUCGGAAAAUUAGAAGGAUUUACUCAAGAAGAAAAAAAUAAUUUAUAUGAAAAAAUAGGUAUAGACGGAAGUGGUAAAAGCACUCAAGCUAAGUUUUUAGAAGAAUUUUUAUCUUCAAAAAAUGAAACAUAUUUGACGUGUGAACCAACUUUUAACCCAAUAGGGCAAAUGAUUAGGGAUAUUUUUUCAGGAAAAAUUAAUUCUAAUAAUCAUGUUAUAACUGGUUUAUUUGUAGCUGACAGAUUAGACCAUAUAUUAAAUGAAUAUUACGGAAUUAUUUCAAAAUUAGAAAAAGGUAUAAAUGUAAUUUCUGAUAGAUAUUAUUUCUCCUCUUUUGCAUAUCAAGGUGCUCAUGUACCUUUUGAUUGGGUU